UAAUUCAGAUAAAAGUUCAAUGAGUGAGGAAGACUAUUACGUGGGUUGGCAUUGAUAGUGAGAGUAGAGCUUUAUUUUGAAAGUACCUCUCGGGUGCACUAUGUCUAAUUUCCGGAGUUCGGAUCCUGAGAUUUGAGCGGGUUGGGGCGGGGCUUAGUCGGUCUGUCGUCUGGUUGGUUGAUAAGGGAGAGAAAGAGCCGAGGCGACAGCGGACACGGACGGACGCCCCUCGCUCGUCUUCACUUCGUGUCUAACGCCUGUUUCCAAAUGGCAACGACGGCGGACGAGCAGCUCGAACCGGCGGACGUCGCUGCUCCGUCGCCGCGCCACGGCUGCCACCGAAACAGCAACAGCAAUAACAACAACAAUAAUAACAACAACAACAAAGACAACGAGGCGGGGGAGAGCGCGACCUCCGCCACGGCCACCGCGACGGAACCGGGCGGGACGGCGCCGCAGAGCAUCGGUAACGGCUCGGUCAUCAACCCUACCGGGGGGAGCAACGGGAAGUGGGUCCGGCUGAACGUCGGCGGCACGGUGUUCCUCACGACGCGGCAGACCCUCCUCAAGGAGCAAACUUCGUUCCUGUACCGGCUGUGCCAGCAGCAGGACCUGCACUCAGACACGGAUGAGACGGGUGCCUAUGUGAUUGACAGAGAUCCUACCUACUUUGGUCCCAUCCUCAACUACUUGCGGCAUGGAAAACUGGUCUACAACAAGGAGCUGGCUGAAGAAGGCGUCCUGGAGGAGGCUGAGUUUUACAACAUCACCCCACUGAUCAAACUGAUCAAGGAGAGGAUCGUGGAGCGGGACUCCAAAGCUACGCAGGUGCCCCCCAAGCAUGUCUACCGAGUGUUGCAAUGCCAGGAGGAGGAGUUGACCCAGAUGGUCUCCACGAUGUCGGACGGCUGGAAGUUUGAGCAGGUCAGCGUGCGCGCCUGCAGAAAGCCCCGCACCGGACUGCUCUGGACUAUGGUGAACAUCGGCUCGUCGUACAGCUACGGAACAGAGGACCAAGCUGAGUUUCUGUGUGUCGUGUCCAAGGAGCUGCACACUCCUGGAUCCGGGCUGGGUACGGAGCAGAGCCACAAAACCAAGCCGGCGGAGAUGCAGGAGGAGGAAGCCGCGAAGGAGGAGGAGGAGGAGGAGGAGGAGGAGGGAGGGAGAGAUACCACACCAAAUGAGUGGCUUAGAGAAUGAGGGAGUCAUGUUUCUUUGUUCCCAAGAGAAGCGGGAAUGGCUUUUCCAGAUCCACGGGUCCCGGAUGUAGAAAUCACAAGAGUUUGUUAUUUUUAAGCUUAUUAUGAUAUUCUGUACAUGGUGUAUGUGUGUGUUGCGUCAAUGGACAGUCAUCCAAACAGAUCUGUAGCAUUCCUAUCAGUUCAUUGACAAAAUGCCAGUUAGAAAGAUAACCAAAUGACCAAAAAGGAAAAAAAAAGAAAAACUAAAUCUCCCAGUCAGUCGCAGCAAUAUCUUUGAAAGUAUUUUUCAGUUAAACUAAUUGUAUUAGUGGAAUUUGUUGGUGUGAGCAAAUGUUACAUUGCCAAGGGAAGUAGUGGACCUUAGUAAAUUAUAACCAAAGAUCCAGAUUAAAGCUGGCUGAUCCAAGGUGCUCAACCAAAUCCUGACGGAGAACUGCCUGAAGAAAACUGACAUUGUUGACAGCUGUUACUGUGUCACUAUGGUCUGAUGAACGGUGUAUAAAGAUCAAAUGACAUUGGUGUUGUGGAGUUUUGGAUUACAUUUCCUAAACAGAUGGCAUGGAGGCAUUAAUCAAUUAAUCAACCCAAAUUAUGGAUUCAGUUUUCCCCCAGAUGUUGUACAAUUGGACCAAUUUGGUUAAAACAUGGACUCUGCAGCCCUCAGUAGUUGAGGCUGGACCUGAUCUUGGCACUACAUACAAAGCAUGGAAGUGCUUGUUAAACCAUCUGUUCUGGCCUUAUUCAGAGAUACGAUAGACAGAGAUGCCUCAUACGCGAGUCAGGACAGUUGGCUUCAAAUUAGCAGAUGGAAACACGAUAGAUGAAUACAGACAAGGGCAUUUUACUGCUUACAUUACAAUUGUUUCACCCGGCUACAGCAAGACUGUCAGAGACCGAAACAAUCACUGUCCAACAGAGCUGAAAGCCAGAGCAGUCAGCGCACUCACACUCUCCACUGACUAGAAUAUUCACUCACACCCUGCUGUGUGCUGAUACACACCUGCAUCACCACGUGCCUGGUGCAUGCUCAGCAGCAGUGUCAUCUCAGUGUGUCUCCCUUGCUGGGAUCCAGAGCCAGCUUUUGGCCACAGCUGACAGAGCACUGUUGGUGCGAAUUAGGAGAGGAUGUAACAGAGAGUCACAGAGAGUGGUAGAGGGUGACACAUUAGAGCGAGGCGUUUCUCCGUAUUGUAACUGCCAUAGUCCCACAAAGUCACUCCGUCACUGUCUUUGAUGUUAAAAUAGCGCUUAACUCGUUUGGUCAACUCUCACAGUGGGCACCUCUGCCGCAGUGCAGGUGUGUGAUUGAACAGAGUUUGAGUUUUGAGAAGCGGGACGUUAGAUUACACGUGACUUUUAACCACCUCUAUUGGCAACUUGUAGGAACUGCACCACAGAUCAAAUUUGUAUGCCCCUGCACAAGUCUGUGGCACAACCCCUGAUAGUAGCUUGUAAAAUGGUGUGUAACGACAUGAAUCCAUUAUUUUGCUCCCAUUCAGCAAAUACACCUGCCAUGUACACUUGUAAACAUCACAGGUGUAGUUCUUGAAUGCUGGAAUCGCGCAAAAUUGAAAAAUAACAGGGUGUUCAGUUUUUAUCAGCAGGUAAUCAAAUGUGAGCAGUAGUCCAGUGUCGAGUCACAGCCUAUCAUAAAACAUUUAACUGACAGAAAUAUAAAUUACAUUGUAGAAUAUAUGCUAAUAGGAAACAGGAUGGGUCUCUUUUUAACCAUUUCUUGGAGGCAUUAAUAAUAAAAAUAAUUGAGUUCAUCCACCAGCAGUGGAGGCCAAACAAUGGUAACAGUUAAAACCUGACAACAAAAGGGGUCAGCGCGUUAGCCCUGUUGACUAAUCCAUGUUAGAUGCACUAGCUAACAGCUGGUUAACACCAAUCCAACAUUAAGAUAAGAUGAUGAAUCAUGAGUGGAAUAACAGAGCACGGUCUUCUUUGUUUUAUAAAUGGCUGUUUCCUCUCAAAAAAAGCUGAGCACUCUAGUUUUCAGCUAACGGCACUCAAACAGAUGUAAAUAGUGCAUUUCUUCAGGGUUUUUUGAGAUUAAAAAACAUUGAUAUUUAGUUAUUCAUAAUUAACUUGUAUUUUUUCCUUUCCUUCAGUGUUUCAUAGUUUCUCGUGUAAAAAUUCUUGAGUUAAAUUUCCCCACCAACAGAAGCUCCUCUCUCCCACAGAGAACACUGCCCAUGAAACGCCUCAUCAGUAGUCCCGCCUUUAAUUCCAUGACUUUGUGACAUCACACUAUGUCACCAUGUCACACGGUGACAGUAUGAGAAAACCGAUGUGUUUCUGAGCAUUAAAGCGGUAAAGCCUAAUCUAGUAGUAACCCCCAAUAUAAUUAUGAAGCUGAAAAUGAGCAUGUCUCUUUUAUAUUAGUCAUUAAAAACUAUUCUGUACUAACUUUAAAAAUAUGCAGUUCUUCAGCCCGGUCCACCAGAGUGAGUGUACCUCAUGCAGAGAGAUUAUUUGUGCCUCCAAGAUGUCUGCAGCCAUGUUAGUUGUUGGCUGUCAGCAGCUUAUGUCUAGACCCCCUGCUGUUUAUCUCCCGUGUAACACUGGCUGACUGGUAAACAUACAGUGGGGACACACACAAAUACACUUAAACUGUCUUAUAAAGGCAAGACGCAGUUAGAGUUACUACGUGAGACAAUCGAAAAAUUAACACCAUGGUUGGCGACUUUUUUUGAUAACACUUUGAUAAUUAAACCUGAAAAAAAACAGGCUGCAAAUACAAUUCUUGUGUGUGUGUCUGUGUGUGUGCGCACGCGCGUACAUGAGAUGAAGUGUCUCGUCAAUUUUAACUGAAAAAUAGAAACUGAUAUCCUAAACCUUUAAGGUUCUUUGCAAUACCUUAUUAGCUGGAUUAGUAGAAUGCAGUAAAUGUUGGCGUAGUGAUGACACAGUUACCCAUCAGGCUUCUGAUAAUCAUACCAGUGAUGUUGGCAGGAGGGAGAAGUCUGAAGGAGACGCAGUUAUGUUUAUUGUGUUGUUACUUCAGCAUUUUCUUGUGGCUCUUUUUAAACUUCAAUCAUUCGGUGCCUUGAGUUCAAGCAGCAAAACUGACAUGUCAAAAUGGUCAUAGGUGUUAUUACAUGCAUUUUUUUAAAAUAGCUGUAUAAAUAUUUUAGUCUAUGAAUGGGUAGUUUACAGUCUCUGAGAGUCCAGGUUUAAUUCUGGUGUGGUUUCCUUCCAGUUCAUAUUUGCUCUGAUAACUUUAUUUUUCAUAGACAUUCAAGUCGAGACAGAGAAAGUGUGUAUGUGCACAGCAUGCAGCUGCAUGUGUGAGGUGAAGCUGUCGCUUGUUUGAAGGCUGAAGCUGUUUUGUAUAAAAUGUCAUGCCUUUUUUAUUUUUUUGUACGUUCAGUUGUCUAAUUUAUUCUCGAGGUUUCUUUUUGAAUGUUACACGGUGAACAGAAUUUGGGAUUUGACUUUUUUAGUGUGCGUGUGUGUGGGGAGGGGGUUUAACGUCAUCUUUGGGUGACUUUUGCUUUUUUCUACUUGAUGACUGGCUUUUAUUUUUGACCAACCUGAUAAUCUUCAUGAGUAUAAAGAUAUGUUCAUCAGGCAUUAGGUCUGUUUAAUAAACUUUCAUUUACAUGUCCAGUUACCUCGUUUGGUUUGCUGGAUCCACACUUGAUUCUUUUAUUUGUACACAUUGUUUCUGCUGUACAGUAGAGUUGUUUCUACAUAGUAUUUGAUGUGUAAAAGGUCUAUAAAGCAGUCUUCUUUCAAUAUUCUGUGCAAAAAAAAA